AUGGAUUUCAGUGACUAUGGCGUGGUUAUCUUGGACACUAAAUCGAGAGAGAAAGGAGAGAGCGGGUCCUUCGAAAUGAGAACUUUUAUCAAAUUUUCCAAGUCUCUUUGGUCCAAAGCCCAGCACGAUGCGAAUGCGCAGAGAGGUGGUCGAAGAAUCGCAGAAUUCAAAGCGUUCUUCACUGUGGGAGGAUCUAAAGCGCUUGCGCCGCCGUUAGAAGCCACUGACCGUGUUGGGGAAGCUAUCGCUUGGGAUAUGCACAGUGGCGAUGUAGGGCUCAAAUGCGGAUCUCUCUUGAAUUGGCCAAAUUGCGAGCACGAGGCUCCUCAGGGACAGGGCACUCUGGACAGAUUUUUAACUGAUGCACCACCUGACUCCAUACCAAGCGAGAAAGAACUACUGGAUAGCCAAAUAGUCAUCGUCCUUUUGAAAUUUGAUCACAAGAAAAGAAAAGAGGAGGCAAAGUAUUUUUCACGGGAGUUCAGCUAUGUGCAAUUCGACGCUAGAAGCAACAAGUACUUUGCUCCCGAGAAACUCCAGAUAACAAGAGAGAAACAGGAAUGGCUUUCCGCAAGGGCAAAGGAUAUUGUGGUCUUCACUACAUCGAUGUUUGAAAGUAUAGCACUCCCAUUGUUUCGCUUGAAACACCUCUUCUCUCAUUAUGAGUCUCCCAAAAUUCAAUUCUCAUGUGCGGAUUUUACAUGGCUUAAGAAGGGUGAAUGCAUUUCUCUUUGCCCUGACGGUUACACAAAGACCGCCGUCUCCACCGUGGCCGAAAGUGACUCCGUUCGAUUUCAGCGUCCAUGGGUAUAG